AUGAGAAUUUCUAUUGAGAAUUUCUCCAACGAAAUUUUCUAUGAAAUAUUUGAUUAUCUCGAUGGUUGUGAUAUUUAUAAAGCAUUUUCAAAUCUUAAUUAUCAUUUUUAUCAACUUCUUAAUUCUUCAUUACUUUUAUAUAAAAUUAAAUUUGAUUUCGAAUCUGAUGAUUUAUUUCUAAAUAAUUAUCAACAUAUGAAAUCUAUUAAUCCACAUCAGAUAUUUUCACUUAAUUUAUCAUCUGAAUUAUAUAUUGACAAAUUUCUAUUAUCAUUUAAAAUCGAUUCAUCACUUGAUCAUCUUCAAUCAAUUUAUCUUCGAAAUAUUCAACCAGAUACACUUUUAAUACUUCUAAAGAAUUGCAUUC